AUGAUGCUCUCCAAGACCCUCGCCGCUGUUCUCGCGCUUACCGCGUGCGCCUGGGCAUCGGGGCCCUUGGUGAUCGAUACGCCAAUCCUGGACGCUAAUUCUGGUGAAGCCAUCGAAGAUUUUGGAAGCCGCUCCGGCCAACCGGAGUCGUUCAUUUGGAGCACGAACAUCGCGGCCGGUACAUCCGUUAGCUGUCUCAUCAUCGACGCAACCGGGUUUGUCGCCCAGAGCGCACCGUUUACCAUCCAGCCGGGGACGUCUCCAUUCACCAUCGAUACACCAUCUGAGUUCAUCCAAUGUGAGAAGACAAAGAUUACUUGGAGCGGUGGUGAGGCACCCUUCCUUCUGGAGUUCCAGAGGGGCCAUGUUGAUGUCGAGUCUUUCGGUGUCAACUCGCGCACAUUCACGUGGAGCACAAAUGUCCCCGCCGGCGAGCAAUUUCAAAUCCUGUUGCACGAUGUCACGGGGCAGGUCGCCGAGAGCGCGAUGUUCGUCAUUCAGCCAGGCUGUCUGCGCAGUCGCAGGAUCGGAUCCAGUCUGGUCCUGGGUUGGACGUAA